AUGGGCGCCGACGGCACGAGGCACAACGUGGGCUUCGACGCCGUCGACGCCGUGGCCGCGGCCCUCGCGGGCGGCCGCCCCGGCGCAGAGGAGCCGCGGCCCCGGUGGGAGCUCGCAGAGGGCCGCCCGUGGGCAGACGCGCACGGCGGGAGCCUGCUGACGCUGCGCCCUUGCCAGGGCGCGGAGGGCGACGGGCUCGCGGAGGUACUGAGAAUGUUGCGCUGCAUUUCUUAUGAUUCCUUCGGUUUCCUUCGUUCUCCCCCUAUUUCCGCUCGUUCUCCCCUUCGUUUUCCCCUUCCCUUCCCUCGUUUUCCCUUCCCUCGUUCUCCCGUUUCUGUAUCCGUUCUCCUCUUUGUGGGCCUCCUGGGAGGCCCUCGUCGCCACCGCUGGCUUCGCAUCGAACCUCUCUGGUCAGAACGCACCCACGGAGAGUCCGGGGAGUAG